UUUCUGAACAAGAAGAAAUUCAGAUGGCUGGAAGCGGAAAGGCAAAAACACUCCUGUUUUUAUUCCUCGUCUGGGUAAUUUAUCUGAUUAUUGGAAUGUUUGUGUUCAGAGCUAUUGAACGUACUGAGAAUGAGAACAAACCACAAGAGGACGCCAAGAAGCAGUCCUUGGACGCAAUUAAAGACAAUGUGACGACUAAGUACAACAUGAGUGAAGCAGAGUUUGAUAUCAUUGUACAGCAGAUUGAAACAGCUUCAUCGGAUUCCAGUGGUGGACCAGAAUGGAGCUAUACCGAAUCACUUUCUUUUGUGAUUCAAUUGGCGACAACAAUUGGUUAUGGUAACAUCACACCAGUGACAACAGGUGGCCGAGUGCUUUGCAUAAUCUUUGCCCUCAUUGGUAUCCCGAUCAACAUCAUAUUCCUGCAGUUACUUGGAGAAAGAAUGCUUCGCGGCGAGCAUUUUCUCAUCAUGAAAUUCGAAAAAGGCUGCCUGAAGCGAGAGGGAGCGCCAAAAUUCAUGAAUGAAAAAUGCUCUUUCGUGGGUAUUCUUCUGUUGCUGAUUAUAUUAUUUGCAGGCGCCGGGAGUCAAAUUGAGAUGGAAAACUGGACAUUUUUUGAAGGUUUCUAUGCUUACUUUAUAACUUUUACAACAGUAGGCUUUGGUGAUCUGAUCCCAGGGUCAAUGGCUGGUGGUUCUCCAACGGCAAAGCAUGUGCUUGCCAUCUUCUUUAUCCUCAUGGGUUUGGCGGCCAUGUCGAAUGUGAUCAAUGGACUUGUGAAUUGCACCGAGAGUAUGGAAUUGUUCCGGAGAUUGGGCGCGCGCUGCGAUAAAAAGAGAAGUGUGGAUAUUUCUGAGACGCCAAAAACUAAUGAAAUGGAGUUAAAUGAGAACUAUGCUCCAGAAACGAUUUGAUUUUUAUCUCCGCUAUUAUGACAGUGACGCUUUUCUAGUUUCCCGAAAAAGUGACGUAACUCUUCGUAAAUUGUCUUCAAAUUAAAAAACGAACGUCUCCAUUCUGAAUCUUGCUCAGCAGCCCGGCCGCUUAAACGUGACGUAGUAAGGUCAAACAUAAAAAAAAAAACACAAAAAGGAAUUCUGGAGUCAAGUUAUUUCUUUACGUAGCAACCAAAGCAGCAACUAAACUGCAAGUGCUUCGUGCGUUGUAUUUUUGCUCGUGAGGCCUGGUUACUGAGUUGUUUCAAAAUUGCGGCGUCCCUGGUUGAAUUUUCACCACAUUCGAAGGCAAAUUUUGAACAUUUAAGGUACCCUCGGUAGUCUGCAAGUAACAGAUCUUUUGGCAGGAAAUAAAUCUUUUCAUGAAGAUUUUGAUAAUGGAGAUAAACUCUUUACAUAUAGAUUAUAAUAGUGACGAUAAAAAUUUCUUGUCAUUCUUAU